AUGCCUCGAAAUGUGGCCAUCUACUCCGGCUUUGAUGUUCUCUGUCAUGCUCUAGAGAGCUAUACAGCGCUGCCUUACCUAAAGAGGGUGCCUCGUCCAUUGCGGCCGGAUCUUCGUCCUCUCUACCAAGGAUCGAAUCCAAUUAGCGAUGUAUGGAGCUUGGAAGCACUGAGGAUAAUGGGUAAAUACUUCCGAAGGAGUGUGUUGGACAGUUCUGAUGAGGAGGCGAAAGAGCGUAUGCUGCUGGCCAGCACGUUCGCCGGUGUUGGAUUCGGAAACGCCGGUGUCCAUCUGUGUCACGCUCUCAGCUAUCCGAUCAGUUCACAAGGGCAUUCGUAUUUCGAUUCGGACUAUCCCUCUAGGAAAGCCCUCAUUCCUCAUGGACUUUCCGUUGUUACCACAGCUGUGGCUGAUUUCGAGUUCCUGACACCUGCAUGUCCAGAACGACACGCUGAAGCGGCUCGGCAGUUGGGCGCCACAGUUUCGGACACAGCCGGCAACAGUUACAUCGCCAUGACGCUAUGUGAUCAAAUUCGUGGUCUUAUGCGAGAUUUCCAAGUGCCGAACGGUCUCGAAGCGAUGGGAUUCCAGUUCUCUGAUAUCGAAAAGCUAACCGCCGCCGCCUUGAAUGCAGUGGAAAACAUCGCAGUGACACCGCGGACGGCAGACUAUGAAACAAUCGCCUACAUAUACGAGAAAUCACUAAGGGUGUACUAG